AUGGAUGACUCUAGCAGCUCAGCAAUGAAUACGGUAAAGAUUUCUUCUGCUAAAAUAAAAGCAGCCGUUGUGGUUCCUACGGUCAAUGUUAAGUCGACAUCGGAGAAAAAAGGAAAACCGGAAUUUGUUGUAUCAACAAGCUAUCCGGAUUCGAAUGCCCCAUUAGGGGUAUCCGUUUCUAAAUUUAGCAAAAAUCAUCUUGUGUCAUCUCAACAUCGUUUAUUAAUCAAAGGUGGUCGAGUUGUCAAUGAUGAUGGAACACAACUUGCAGAUGUUUUUAUUGAAGAAGGUAUUAUUAAGCAAAUUGGUCUUAAUCUAGUAGUUCCAGGUGGAACUAAAACUAUUGAUGCUACAGGCAAACUUGUUAUGCCAGGCGGUAUUGAUACACAUACUCAUUUUGAAUUACCUUUUAUGGGUACAAAAUCAGUUGAUGAUUUUCUUACUGGUACUAGAGCAGCUAUAGCUGGUGGAACAACAACUAUACUUGAUUUUGUGAUUCCAUCAAAAGAACAAUCGCUUCUUGAAGCUUAUGCACAAUGGCGUGAACGAGCUGAUGCUAAAGUUUGUUGCGAUUAUGGUUUACAUGCUGCUGUUACAACUUGGAAUGAACAAGUUGCUAAAGAUAUGGAAACGCUUACCAAAGAAAAAGGAAUUAAUUCAUUUAAAGUUUUCAUGGCAUAUAAAGGCGUUUUUAUGUUACAAGAUGAUGAAAUAUUUCAAGUAUUUAGUAAAUGUCGUGAACUUGGUGCUAUUGCUAUGGUACAUGCUGAAAAUGGUUCAGUAAUAACGGAAUUAGAAAAAGAAAUGUCAACAUUAGGCAUAACAGGACCUGAAGGCCAUCUUCUUAGUCGACCAGAAAAACUCGAAGCCGAAGCUACUAAUCGUGCUAUUACAAUUGCUGAACAGACUCGAUGCCCACUCUACGUUGUGCAUGUAAUGAGUAAAACAGCAGCUGAAAAAGUUACUGAAGCUAGAUUAAAAGGUCAAGUUGUAUUUGGCGAACCGAUUGCAGCUAGUUUAGGAGCUGAUGGGUCGCAUUAUUUUCAUAAAUGUUGGCGCCAUGCAGCUGCUCAUGUCAUGUCACCGCCAUUGCGGGACGAUGCAACAACUGGUCCUUAUCUUAUGGAUCUCCUGGCUAAUGGUUCAUUGUCAGCAACUGGUACUGAUCAUUGUACGUUUAAUGCAAAUCAAAAGGCUCUUGGCAAAGAUGAUUUUCGAAAGAUUCCAAACGGUGUCAAUGGUGUUGAAGAUCGUUUAGCUGUUAUUUGGACUAAAGGUGUCGAAACGGGAAAACUUGACGUCAAUCAAUUCGUUGCUGUAACAAGUGCAAAUGCUGCACGUAUAUUUAAUAUUUAUCCUAAGAAAGGACGUAUAUCUGUUGGUUCGGAUGGCGACUGUGUUAUUUGGGAUCCAGAAGCCAAAAAAACUAUUUCAGCUGCAACACAUAAUCAAGCAUGUGAUUUUAAUAUUUUUGAAGGUUUACAUUGUAAAGGAUUACCAAUAGUAACUAUUGUUGCUGGUAAAAUUGCUUAUGAAAAUGGACAAUUAAAUGCUGUACAAGGUUCAGGAAAAUAUCUUGAUACAACAUGCUUUGCUGAGUAUGUUUAUCAAAAAUUGAAUAAACGUGAGCAAAUUCGUGAACAGAAAAUACAAGAACAGAAGAUUGAACGUGACCCAUAUGCAGGUGAAGUAUUAGAUAUUAGUAAACCAACGUCGGGUGCCGAUACAAAAUCGAAACUACAAGGAAAUGCUAGUAGUGGUGAGCCUGCUGCUGCUUCCGCUGGUUUUCAUAGUAGACCAGCAACUCGCGCUGGUGGAAGGAAUCUAUUAGAUUCGAGUUUUUCAUUAUCAGGUGAUCAAUGGGAUGAUCGAAAUCAACGAAAAACAACUCGAGUUCAUCAGCCACCUGGUGGACAAUCGAAAGGUUUAUGGUAA